AUGUUCUCCAAGACCCUUGCUCUUACCGCCGUAGUCGCCUCGCUUUGUGGCGUCGCAUCGGCUUCCGGCGCUCUCAACCUCAAGGACCAGCCGGGCAACAUCUACUGCAUCGACGUCCAGAACAACAACCAGGCCGACGGCACUCCUGUCCAGGUUUACCAGAGCAACAGCUCGCCUGCUCAGCAGUGGCAAGUUCCCGGCGAGAACACGCAGGGGUUUGUGCGCCUUGCCGGCACGGGCUUCUGCCUCGACGCUGGCGAGAACCCUGGUAACAACUCCAAGGUCAUGGUUCACACCUGCCAGAACACUGUUCUUCCUCAGCAGUGGUGGACGUACGACCCCAACAUGCAGAGGCUCAAGCUUGCCAACAGUGACCUCUGUGUCGACGUCCAGGACGGCAACUUUGGCGACGGCUCUCAGCUCCAGGUUUAUCAGUGCCAGGGUGGGAGCUGGGAGAACCAGCAGGUUAUCUACAACAACGACAGCGCCUGA